AGUUACGGUGUCAGUUCCUUCCGCCGGUGGUUGGCCCGGAUCAACUCACACACACUCCUCCUCCUUCCUCCUCUCUUGACCUCCCGCCAACCAUCGCAACCAACCAUAAAAACUCCGCCACUCGAGCUACACAACACAGCACCGCAUUACUCAUUGCUGCCUGUGCCCGACCUCUCUAUCGCCCCGUCCGCACGUCGUCAUGGUGAGGAGGGGAGGGCUGCUGACUGGUGGGUAUGGCGGCGCGUCGUCGUGGAAGGCUGGGAGGGUGAUGAGGGCGGCCGUGGCGGCCUUCUUCAACGGCUACCACUGCUUCAGCCCCGUGGCGGCCAUGCUCGCGCUGCCCUUCUCCGCGGCCGUGCUCGCGUCCCAGGCCGCCGCGUCGUCGUCGUCUUCCUCGUCGGGGGCGGUGCUCCGCGGCGUGUCGUCGCGGCUCCGGGGGAUGUUCCACGCCGCGGGGUUCCCGCCGUCGCCCUUCUUCGCGCUGCUCAACGGCAAGCUGUCGCAGACCGUGUUCACCUACGCGGCCACGCUGCCGGUGGCGCUCACCGUCCUGCUGCUCGCCAAGGCCUGCGUCGCCGGCGUGCUCCGCGCGGACCCGGCGCACGACCGGCGGCGGCGGGGGCGCAUGUCGCUCCCGCCCUGCGGCGCCGUGGCGCGCGCGUACCCGGCGCUCGUGGCCACGCACCUCGUCGGCUCCUUCGCCAUGCUCUCCGCCAACGCCGCCGCCUUCUCGCUGCUCUUCCUGGCCUUCGGCGCGGCCGACCUGCUGGGCUUCACCUCCCGCGCGUCCACGCUCGCGCUCUCCGCCGCGGGCGCCAUCGCCUACUCCGUGGUCGUCGGCGUCGCCACCGUCGUCUGCAACCUCGCGGUCGUGGUGGCCGCCAUGGAGGAGCGCUGCGCGGGGCACGCCGCGGUGCUGCGCGCGUGCGUCCUCAUCAGGGGCCGCGUGCCCACCGCGCUGGCGCUGGCGCUGCCCACCAACCUGGGCAUGGCGGCGGCGGAGGCGCUGUUCCAGCUGCGGGUGGUGUCGCAGCGCCGGAAGGCCGGGAGGCUGGCGCCGGGCGUCGCCGGCGAGGCCUUCUCGAUCGCAUACAUCCACGCGCUCUGCGUGGUGCUGGAGAUCAUCGUCAGCUGCAUGUUCUACCGGAGCUGCAGGAGGAGCGAGACCGAUGAGCUGAGAGAGCUGGAGCCCGAGGAGAAGGGCGACCUCCAGGCAUAGUCAGACAAUAGCCGCGUAGCUUUGUGAUUCUGAGAAACUCUUGGGAGGGUCUCAUCAGACGGUCCAGAGAAACAUGCACUAUACAGUAGUAAACUGGGAUAGCCAUUUCAAAAAAAAAAAAAGUAAACUGGGAUAGCUCUACAUUAUUUCCCUUUUUUCCUGAAUAGUUUUGUUCGUUUGUUUCCUUUUUUUUAUGUUGGCAUGGAAAUGAAAUGUAAAAGAUGGUUCUAUUGUACAGCAGAAAAAAAAAUACUCCGUCAAACUGAAAUAAAUAACCAGUGGAUUUUGCACCGUGCAAAAAAAAAGAGGAAAGAAA